AAGUUCCUGUCUUUAUUGUUACCAAAAAAAAAAAGGAUAUUCCAGUCUUUAUUAUUGCCGGAUUCCUUUUUCUCCCCUUAUCCUUUUAUUUAAAAACCUUCCUUUUUUCCUUCCACCUUGUCUCCUUGUUGUUCGAUAUUGGGUGGCUCAAAGCUGUCCCGUUGAUGCAAGACUACAGUCUUUUUAGUUUUUUCUGCGGAAUUUUGGAAUUCUGGGUUCGCUUUUCUGAAUCAAAAAUUGGGUUCUUCUUUCAGUUCAUCCAUGGGAUUUUGCGUGGCGAAAAUCUAAUCUUUUUUGUCUUUUUCGGGAAAUUCGGAGCUCUAGUUUUUUUGUCUAGAGGAAAGAUCGCCCCUUUUUGCUCAUCUCAACCGGUAUCCUGUUUUUCCGAAUUUUGGCUUGUGGAUUUCGUUUUCUGAUGGAAAGCUUGCUCCUUUCGGUGAAUGCACUGGGUUUCACCUACUUCUGAUAAGCUUUUUUUCCCAUCCCUCCCCUCAGCUCUUUCGGGGUGUUUCCAUUGAGGGGUUGAUGAGAGUCUUCAUCAGAGGUGGAAAGGGUUGAAUCCAGGAAAUUUUCUUCUUUCUAUUUCGAGGGGGGAGGAGAUUCUUUCUUAUAUGUCGCUUUUUUCUGGGUAAUGACGUGGAAUUUUAGUGACCGUGAUCUGUUAAUCCUCGGGAAAUUUUGAUGAGGGUUUCCUCCUGCAACUGCCACUGCCCGUUGAUGUGCUGCUCCAAGCCCUCGCUGCCUCGCCAUUGCCCGCCGCAUGCUUCCUCGGUCCCCGCUCCGGUUUCUGUGGUUUCGGAGGAGAAGCCAUCCGAUGAGAAGGAUGCGGAUGAGCAGGCUGCAGUGGAUGAGGGUAAGGUUGAGGUCUUUCUGAAGAGCAGUCUAAAGAAGCCAGAGAGCUCUGAUUUGAAAGAAGAUGAAAAGGGGAAUGUGAAGUGGAUGGAUCUCUUGGGGAAAGAACUUGUCGAGAUUAAGGAAUUCGAACCCAGAGUAAAUAAUUACUCUUUACCAUCUUUGCUGGUGCACAUUGAUUUUAUGUUGUGAAUCAGGGGAAGAGGACAGUGCUGAUGGCAUACCAGCUUGUGUGUGUGUUAUUCAAUGAGCCCAUGAUUUGUGAAUUAUUUGUGGAAAAGGCCAAGCAGCCAUUUCUAGUUCAGCUAUUGGGAAAAGAGGCCUAAAAAGCUUUUCCUGAUGUUUUAGUAAACUCUGUACAGCUCCACCAGGAACUUGUUAAGCUAUCAAGCAUCAUGUGCAUUUUGUGCUGUGAAAUAUGAUGUCUAUCUUCAAGUAAAUACAACAGUUCAUUCAAGCAGGUGAUAUUGACGCUUGGAUAUCCAGCUCUAGUUGGGAUCGUAUGAAUUUCAUUUGUGAGAUAUAGACUGUUUAGUUGGGACCUCUAUCUGAUGUUCGCAUUAGUGAUUCUUGUCCUGUUGGUUGAUAGUGCCAUAAGGUUUAUUUAAUUUUAUAGCAUUUUCUUAUCCCUUU